UGUAUAAACCAAAUCCCAACUCAAAAAAACCACAUCCAACUUCACUUCUUUCUAUAAAAAUUCUCGCUGUCAAAUAAUCUGGUCGAUAGCCCUGAAAAGGAAAAAAUUUUCUUCAACCUCCGCCGAGUUUUUAAAACAAAACACGAAAUACAACAAUAAAUAAAAUGGCAUCGCUUUCUGGUCGUAUUUGCCUCCGUGCAGCAGCUAUUCGCAACAAUGUCACCUACACUCCAGUUCGUUUUUGUAAAAUGAUGAGCGACCCAAUGGAACACGCUACCGGUAUUGAGAAGCGUGAACUUUUGGCUAAAGCUGCCGGUAACGAUGAUCCCUUUGACAUGAAAGUCUUCAAGCGCGGAGCUGGUACCAAAGAAACACCAAAUCUAAUUCCAUCUGCCUUCGAUGCACGUAUCGUUGGUUGUAUUUGCAAUGAAGAUCAAACAUAUGUCCAAUGGAUGUGGCUGCAAAAGGGUACACAAAAACGUUGCGAAUGCGGUCAUUGGUUUAAAUUGGUCGAGAAGGCACCUCUGUAAAUUAGGAAAACCCUAUCUAACCUAAUAUGCCAGUUACAAAAAAUUAGAUAAAUAUGAAAAAACUAAAAAAAAACAGAAUCAACAUCGCCUCCCAGCAAACUUAAAAAAACAGCAACAACAACAACUACUUUCCUAGUUUAUCUUAUUAAUUCUUUUGUUUGAAGUAUUUAAAUUAAUUGAAGAUGAGAAAUACAAAAUACAACAAUUAACAUUUGUUGGUUAAUAACGAAAA